CUGAGAAAUGCCACAGCGAUUUGCCCUGCUACCGCCAUUCUGGAAUACUCUUUCGAUUACUCUUACCAAAAACACUUGGUAUACUGUUCAGGAACGGGUGAGAAAAAACGUCGUGUUUUGGAUCGCGGAAGAAAACUGAUUUUGUGGAUUGAUGUCCUGUACUGUGUCAAGGUAAAGUUUGACGGACGGGAUGUCGACGUAUCACAUGAUUGUUUGUUUGCCAGUGGAAGCCCAGCCUUUGGGCGGUACUUAUGUCCUCUUGAAGCAUGCGCAGUAAUUCGACUUCGGAUAAAACUAGAUGUGCCACGCCUCUCAUAGGCAUAGCCAUUACGUUAUAGCUAUCCGUAGACAAGAUUUUGUCAGUAUAUCGCUCAUCUUGAUGUUUGGCUCUUUUUUACCUGAUUAUUGUAAGCAAUUUGUUCGUUAAAAAGUCCUGUGCGAUUAUGAAAUCUAUCUUUAUGGUCAAUGGUAUACUGAGCUGGAAGCUUUCUUUGGACUGUGUCUCAACGUAUUAAAGCAUUUUAAUGAAAAUCUGCUGGCACCUUUCUCGUCAAUAUUGAGCAACAUUCAGACCUAAGUUAGUAUAUUCUUGUAUUAUGUCCAAAGACUUAAAACCGAAAAAUCACAUGGAAGCGGGGUUAUCCCAAAACGACAUGCAAGCGGAAAUAAUUGAGCUUCGUGAUAUCGUUAAAAAAUACAAACCCGGUAUUAAUGUAACCGUUCCUGACAAAAUAAAAUUUCCUGAAAACUUAUUCAUUGGGCUGUUCGGAAGAACUGGAUGCGGGAAAAGCUCUCUGAUAAAUUCUCUUAAGUUUGCUGCAUUUGGAAGUCUGAGAAAGGCAAAAUGGGUUGCAGUCGCAACCCAAGAGAAGGCAGGUGGUCAUACCAUGCUCAGAAAGAUUGCUAAUUUGACCCAAUGCAUCUACGUCAUUGAUAACCGAGGACUAGACAACCCGAAUGCUGAACAAGCCCAGGCUGAAAUAGCAGCACAACUUGACGGCCAUCGCGGUUAUAGUCAACAGGUACAAUGGGAACACAAAGGGGGGCAACAAAGAUCCAAUACACCAGCAGUAAAUCUCAACAUAGGACACCCGAUUACAUGUGCUGUCUUCGUUUUCAGCGCAAUUCACGACAUACAGCCCGACUUUGCCGGUCUUAAUCUCGUGGUCGAUUUUCUACAUCGACACCAAGGAUGUUACCCCAUUGCUGUCGUCACUCACGUUGAUGUAGCCGAGCGAAAGAAUAUCGACGUUCUCGCCGCCGUGCUCCGGGUAUCAGGAUUUGGGGACAUCUACGAGGUCGCUAACAUCACCAACGAGAAGACCAAACUAGAUGAGCAGUACCAACUGAAUCUUCUGAACCUGAUUGAGAGAUGCUUAACCAUUGGAGAUGAUACAACUGUCUUCAAGCACUACCAACGUGUGGAGGUGGAGCAGAAGGCGGCCAAACCGACGAUGAGUUUGACAGACAAACCAGUGCCAACAGCAAAGGUAUCACGUCAAGAGGUUCAAAGCGUCAACAAGACGGAAGAGAAUCAGGAGUUUAAAAAGGCGGAGGACGAGCGGAGAGAGAUUGAAAACAUGAAGAACGACCUUGAGAAGAGGAGGAUGGAGCUAGAGUACCAGGAGCGGGAUCAUAAGAUGAGGAUGGAGUGGGGGAAGCAGCAGCAUGAGCUUCAGAUGGAACGACAGAAGCUGGAGUCCCGCGAGAUGAAACUCCAGGAAGAAGAGCGGGAACGUCGGUUCCAAGAACAGUUGCGGAAAAUAGAAGCAGACAAACGUGAAGAGCUCAUGCGCAUCAUGGAGGCCAACAGAUCUAAGGGUCAUGGAUUCCGACCAGUUAUCAAUAUUCCUGGCUGCCCAAUACAGUGAUCAAAUAUUUAAGAAUUAUUAGAACUAUUGUACAUACUGCGGCAUAUUUGUGCAUAAACAUGUAAAUAUAUUGUUCUUAAUUUCACGAAAUAAAAUAAAAUAAAUAGUUUGUUUACUUUGGCUCAAUGUUUACAUUUGUAUAGUCCCACCUUUCUCUCCUACCCCCUUUUACUUAAAGUUACACAUAAAACUGUGAUUAAGAACUAGCUCUUAUGAAGAAUUUGUUUUCUCUGGUAUGCACAUUCUACAUUUUAUCUCCUCAUGGACUGGACUGACAAGAGAGAUGCUUCAAAAGUGUGAGGCAGAGUGAUCAUCAGUUGCUACAUCAAAUCAAUAUACAAAUAAUACACAUGAGUGAGGGCGUCGGUAGGGAUCAUCAACACGAGGUAACUUUAAAACAGUCUGGUAAUGUUUCGAAGUUACCGAGGGUGGAUAAUUACAUUAGGUAUUAUUUGUUGUAUAAAUGUUGUCUUAGAUCCUUGUCAUUUAGUUGAUUAAAUUAUCCUCAUCUCUAACAGUGCAUACUGCUUUUGCUUUCAUAAAUCUACUAACAAAGUAGAGCUAAUUUAGAGAUGACUUCGAACAUUCCAGUAUUAUCUGAUAGCAAACAAUGAAACACCCAGUGCAAACAGUUCGAGGGCAGGGGUUAUGUUUGCCAAAGAAUGAAUAAAUUUGAAAUGAAGGAGUACAUGGUUGAAAAAAAAUGCAUUUAUUUAUAUACAUAUAUAUACAUUUUAUACUUAAUAUAAUAAACCCAACACGAACACGGAGAAGGAAAUACUGGGAGAAGCUCACUGGUAACACUCGGAAAGUAUCAUGAUAUGAACAAUUAUAGUCAAGGGUAAUCAUAAUUUGUGUAAGCCAUAUGUGCGGUUGCCAGAUGUAUUUGGAUAUUCAGAUAAUAAGAAGGACACGGUUAACUUAUUCAAUCGCUAAUCUCACUUUAUUUCCACCAGAAAUGGAAAUUUGGAAA